AUGCGCCUCAUAAACACACAAACCCUUGACUUAGAAGAGUUCUUCGACAUUUAUGUCCCCGAAUACGCCAUUCUCUCCCACACGUGGGCCGACGGCGAAAUCUCCCUCCAAGAAUGGGCUGAUCGCAAGAACCGACGCUUUAAGCCCGGCUAUCAGAAGAUCAUCUGGACCUGCGAAGAGGCCACUAGGGACAACCUGCAAUAUGUCUGGGUCGAUACCAACUGCAUCGAUAAGACAAGCUCGGCGGAGCUUUCCGAGGCCAUCAACUCCAUGUUCAAAUGGUACCGCCGGGCGCGCAUGUGCUAUGCAUAUCUUGAGGAUGUACCGCAUAUGAGUGUCGCGGAAUGUGAAGAACAGGGCAGCGCUUUUCGAGCAGCAAAGUGGUUUACCAGAGGCUGGACCUUGCAGGAGCUUAUUGCGCCACCAGAAGUCAAGUUCUUCUCAAAGGAUUGGCAAUCUAUUGGGGCGAAGGCCGACCUGGCGCUAUGCAUCUCCGAAAUCACUGGCAUCGCAUGGACAUGCCUGCUAAAGCCCAAAUUCUCCAAAUCCAAUCCCCUUCGAGGGUACAGUGUUGCUCAGCGUCUUUCAUGGGCUUCUCGUAGAUCAACUACACGUAUUGAAGACCAAGCCUAUUCUUUAAUAGGCCUCUUUGACAUUACGAUGCCGCUUUUAUACGGAGAGGGCCACGAGGCAUUUACGCGUUUCCUGGGUGAAAUUAUCGGCAAAUAUCCCGACCAUAGUUUCUUUGCUUCACAGCUUCGGUAUGUCGACUUUCUCCCACGAUCGCCAAAGGAAUUUUGCGACUCCCGUAACGUGAUAACAUUACCCAUUGUACCUACUCUGGUGCCGCAUUUCGUGUUUGGUGUUUUAGACUGCUGGGAGUAUGACAUGGAUAGUACCCAGGCUACUCGUUCGGUGUCCCGCAUAUGGAUUCCUCUACUGCAGAAGGACCAUCCAGGUCUAAGACACUAUUCACGACUACUAUGGCCACAGGUCUUUUGUCCAGUAAAGCUCAUUCGCAAGCAUAGAUUCAUGCAAGUUACGCAAGCUGUGGAAGAUGGAGAACAAGGAGAGCAAACAACGACCACUGAGACGGCCUCAAUACUUGACGUUGUCCAGCAUGUUGACAUUGCGUCCAUGGAUAUACACAAGAGUAUAUUGAUCAAGAAUCCCUAUGCAACUACAGUAGAUACUCCUCGCUGGCAGCCCCGUUUAGCUGGUAGCCCAUUUCUGGUGUGCUUCCCGCGAGGCACAGGAGACUAUCGUCUCUUGGGCAUAUAUCCCAGCGAGAACGAGGUACAAGAGACAUCUUGGUCUGCCCAUAAACCACCACUGCUACCUCUUAUAAUGCCGCGGAAAAUAUCACGAAGAGGAAGCAAAGACACAGCGAGUGAUGGAGACGAAGCACCAAACGAUGACGACAUACAGAACGAGGUAUACGGCGUAGUUGUCGUCUUUAAGAAGAGAGGAUGUAGACCCGCCAAAUGUACAGCAAUAUACUUAGCCAAUAUACCGGAGACGACAGAUGGCUGCACAACAUUCCGACCAAGCUGCAAAAUCGUUCACGGCUGGAACUCUUCGCAAAAGAAAAACUUGAACGAAGACGACUUUGAAGACAUGACGGACAUCGACGCAAAGGACAACGUCUUCGUGGCCACUCAAAAGUUCCCAUGUCCGUCAAAAAACAGUACAGAAGGGUUAGAGCCCCGAUUCUUGGGUUUGGUUCAAGUUGUCUUCGAUAAAGCCGAUAUGGUGGAUGAAGUAAGUCUGUCGUCAAGUGGGGGGAUGAGGGCGGCGGAAGGAAUUUUGCAGUACUUUGGUGUCGAGGAUUCGGAUGAAGAUGUUGGGAGUAUGGGCACAAACAUGAGAGCAAACUUCUGA